AUGCAAGAGCCCACAGAUAAGAAACCCGAGGAGUUUAUCGAAGAUGUAUCUUCUUCCGAUACCAACACAUCUGGUCAGGGAUACGUCCCGCUGUGGCACUCCCUGAAGAAAUGGCCCAAGGUGGUAGGAUACAAUCUGGCUCUGAGCUCUGCGAUCCUGCUUUACGGAUAUGACUUGGUUAUUGUGGCGAAUGUUUCUUCCAUGCCAGCCUUUCAGCAUCGUUUCGGUGUCGAGCUGAACGGCAAGUAUAUUAUUCCCUCCGAAUGGCUUUCACUCUGGAACGCAGCAAGUCCGAUUGGAAUGAUGGUCGGGGCAAUUAUCGGAGGGUACUAUCAGGAUAGAGGUGGGCGCAGACUAUCGCUAGCAACAGGAUCUUUCCUCUCAGCUGUUGCGGGAAUUGUGAUUUACCUUUGUGAUCUCCACCCGGCCAUCAACUCUCGAAGAGGUCUUUUCCUCACCGGAAAGUUACUGCAAGGAGUCACCAUCGGGAUGCUGCUAUGCAUGAUUCAGACAUACAUGUCGGAAGUUCUCCCUGUCGUACUCCGGGGACCAAUCAUCGCCUUUCUACCCAUCUUCACCCUUCUGGGCCAGCUGAUAGGAUCAAUCGUGGUGUAUACCUCGCUUAAACAUUCCGGGGCAGAGUCAUACAGAAUAUGCUUCGCAUCACAGUGGCCAUUUUCAGCGGUGCCUUUCAUUCUCUCUUGGGUACUGCCUGAAAGUCCGACGUGGCUCAUAAGACGAGGACAAUUCGAGAAAGCAUUGAAAAUGCAAUGCAAGCUUGAUACCGGCAAUAUGGAUUCAGCGAAGACAUUCGCAGAUCUGCAAGCCUCAAUCAAAGCAGAAGAGGAGGAACGCGAAACACAAAAAUACUCCGACUGCUUCAAGGGAGCAGUCAAUCGCCGCCGGACCUUCGUCGUAUGUUUCGCAAGCGCUUUACCACAAUUUUUCGGAUUGCAACUACUUGCGAGUGCCUCAUACUUCAUGCAAAUGGUUGGAAUGAGUGCAACAAACAGCUUGAUCUUUCUCAUCUUGGGAAUUGGGUUGGGUUUGAUUGCGAACGGUGUCAGUCUUUUCACAUUGAACGCACUCGGCAGACGCUUUCUCAUUCUAUGGACGCUGGGUGCAGCCUUUGUUUUGUGGCUUGCCCUAGGAAUUGCUGGAUGUUUUACUGGGGUGGUAACUAUUUGGUACACCGCUGUGACGAUGAUGGUCAUAACCAUGGUCUGCGGUCUAGGCAUUUGGCCAGCCUCGCACGUUGUUGCCGCUGAAACCUCAGAGCUCACACUGCGAUCCAAGUCCCAAGGAGUGGGUUGGUUUGUCAGUGGUGUGGCUACUGGUGUGUUUUCCAUCAUUCUCCCCUACAUCUACAAUCCGGAUUCUGGGAACCUGCGAGGAAAGACCGGCUUCGUCAUGGCAGCAUUUGCAGCCAUUGGCUACAUCAUAACCUGGUUCACCAUCCCUGAAAUGAAAGACAGGUCGCCUAUGGAAAUUGACCGGAUGUUUGCGCUCAAUCUACCUACCCGAGACUUCAAAGCCUGGAAGAGCGAUGUCGUGAUGGACAGAGGGCCUAAUGUUUUGAAGCAGGAAACGGAGGCUUGA